GUAAGAGUUGCCUCAUCUUUUAUCAGGAAACACUUUUGAAUAUGUAAUGUUGUUUUCUUAACAGCGGGAAGAGUUUCGGCAGGUAUGGACACCGUAUACUUGCCGAUAUUUAAAUACAAAGUUGCAAACCAAAAACGUUGCUUGGUCAGUCGCACGUCAAGUAUCAAACAACGAUAAUAUCAUGGAGGAAUACAUUCGCGUUGAAGUUGUGCCAGAAAUAUUGAAGUACUACAACAAAACCAAUAGCAAAGUUGAUAAAUACGAGCUGCGAUCUCUGCAAGGAGAGUUAAAUAGUUUCAACUCAUGUUUGUAUGAUUUGAAUUUAAGUAUUUCGGGAAAUGAAGAUUAUUCUUUCUUACUCAAAACUAUAGUAGACGACUUGGAAAGACAAAAGUUAUCAGAGAGUCGCAUACAAUUCACCAACGAAGCUCACAUUUACAAUGUCGUAGUGCCAAUAUUCAAAAAACUAAUGUUUCAAAAAAAUGUCAAGUUCGUACCAGACGUUCCUUACGCUCUGAUCAAAGACGUGAGAUCAAAAGAGAAACUGGACCCCCUAGAUGGUAUCAUCGUCGUAGAAAAUUUGGUAAAACAAGGAUACAAAGUGGCGCCGGGGAAAACUCUUGAUAUGGAACAUUGUGUCGUUGCAGUGGAACAAUUGGGAAGAUGGCACGCGUUGUCUUUAGCCAUGAAAGAGCUAAAUUCAGAACAAUUUCAUCAAGAAGUAUUAUCUGGAUUUGAAGAAUCUACCUGGAGCAGGAAAUCCGGUGUCCAAGUUCGUGAAACAAUAACCAUUUGUUUGAAAAGACUUUUCAAGUAUGCAAAUUAUCCAAAAAAUUCAAAGACUUACGAAGCAAUGAAGACACUGGAGAGGGAGAACGAGGAUCUUUUACAAUACGUGGAGAAGCUCAUUAUGAGUAGCAGAAAGUCAAAAUUGAGCGUUUUAUGCCACGGUGAAUACGCUCAAAGUAAUCUGCUCUACAAGUACGGUAAAAAUGAAACACCGAUAAGCGUAAUUCCAGUCGAUUACCAGCUGACUCGUUUCGCCUCACCAGCUUUCGACUUGUCACACUUCUUUUAUCUGAAUACCAGUCGCGAAAUACAAGAAAAAUAUUUCCUCGACCUAAUGAAAAAAUAUCACGCAUCUUUGGUAUCGACGAUGAGCGAAAUUCUGACAUACAAUAAAUCGCCCAAGGAUAUAUCUGCCGUACUUCCAUCGCUGGACUCUAUUUUAGAAGACUAUCACCAGUACGGUGCCUACGGUUUGAUUUAUGCACUAUUUUUUGUCCCAUGGAUGAUGGGUACCGAAGAGGAAUUUGUCAACAUAAAUAAGGCUGGACAAUCGGGCAACAGAAUGAGCGCAGAAUUUUCAAACGCUGUAUGGGCUAUUGGAGGUGAAGCUGGGACAAAUGCGGUGCUUGAAAUUUUUGACACAGCUAUAGCGUUGCACAAAGUAAACAUAUAACAGAUUCACAGAGCAGAAAAAAUCCAAUUUCUGGCAUCCUAACAAUUGGAGAAACUAAAUUUUCCGCACUAUGAAAUUUUCAAAGCAAAUUUUUCCAUUUCAAUUUCAGAAUGUUGUAUAUGAUUUCGAAAAUAAAAAAACUUUUAAGAAUU